AUGCCUCCCAAGAAGUCUGUUGACAGUGGUUCCGCUUCAGCGGACCCCAGCAAGCCUGAUGAAGCUUCCCUCCAGUUCGCUUUCGAAUGCCUUAAGGCCUUCGAUGAUAACGGAGUUCUCGACAUUGGUGUCUUGUCCAAGGCCAUGGGCCACACCAACGUCGCGUCAACCCGCAACGCCUUCACACGUUACAAGAAGCGUUGGGCUUUCGGCAAUAUCAGCACCAAGACUACAGCUACCGUGACCGAUGAGGCUGGCGAUGGUGUCACUCUCAAGCCAAACAAUGACGCGAACAAGGUUGCCAAAAAGCGUGGCCGCCGCAGCGCCAAAGCCUCUCCUACCAAGAAGUCUGCUUCGACUGCCGAGUCCAGCGACGACGGUCAGGGUGCGGCUGACCUCAAGGCUGAAGCGUCGGACACGGACUGA